UCAGUGUUAAGCGAACAAGUGGCCUAUUCAGUUCUAUUGCUGGGAAGAAAAGUUUUCAUCUUAAUCUUAGCCAUGUCUGAUGAAAUAAUCAAUCCCAACGAGCACCUCAUUAUACCAGAUUGGAUUAAUGUGAAAUAUUUUGAGAAAGUUCUCAAACAAGAUCAGCCGGAUUAUGUGGAGGUUCUUAAAUUUACUCCAGUGGCUGCCACACCUCCUGGAGAAAACUUUACCUCUACGAUGCUGAGAAUUUAUGUUGAUCUGAAAUUGAAAGAUGGCACAACUAAGACCAAAACAUAUAUUUUCAAGACCAUGUUGCCCAGUGACAGGGGCGGCAAAGAUAUUGAAGAAUUUGGCCUAUUCGACAAGGAACUGCUGAUGUAUCAGAGGUUUCUGCCCGCUUUUGAAGAUCUUUAUAAGAAAGCGGGUUGGAAUGAUAUACAAUUGGCACCCAAGUGUCUGUUAACUGAAGAACGAGAGGGAAAUAUUCACUUUAUUUUCGAAGAUUUGCGCGUGAAAAAUUUCAAAAACGUUGAUCGUACCAAGGGGCUAGAUAUGGAACAUAUGACCAGAUCCUUACACAAGUUGGCUGAAUAUCAUGCAGCAAGUGCAGUCUACGCAGAUCAAAAUGGGCCCUAUCCUAAGGAAUUCGAUUCUGGUUUUAUUGUGCCCACUGAAAAGGCCAAAGAUUUUCAAUUGCAAUUAUUUAAACACAAAGAAGCGGCAUAUAAGAAUGGUAUUCAAAAUUGGGGGCUACCUCCUUCCGACGCAGAGAUUUACGUUAAGAAUUUCCCAAGUAUCGAGCAAUAUUGGGCACAAGCUAAAAGUACUCUGGAAGUUAAUCCAAAUGAUUUUAAUGUUUUGAUUCAUGGCGAUUUCUGGUCUAGCAAUUUAAUGUGUAAUUAUCACAAGGAUGGAUCGAUAGAUCAGGUUAUUUUGGUGGACUUUCAAAUUGGAAAAUGGGGUAGUCCCGUCCAGGAUCUUUUGUUUUUUAUAAUCAUAUCGGCUGCUAAUGAUAUACGUCUCAAAGAAUUUGAUAAUUUUGUGAGAAUUUAUUGGGAACGACUGGUGGAAUGCCUAAAGGUAUUACAAUUUAAGAAACCAAUUCCCAAACUGAGAGAAUUACAGGCGGAUAUGUACAAGAAAAAUAAUUCCUUUUAUGCUUUCUUUGCCGUGCUGAACCACUUGCCCAUCAUUCUCUUUCCCUCUGACAAGGAUAGCAAUUUGCAUUCUUUAUCGGCCGAGACUGAGGAAGCGGAAAAUUUAAGAAUGCGUCUUUUAUCUAACCCAUCUUAUGGCAAAGUGAUGAAAGACAUAUACCCAUUUUUAUAUAAUCGUGGCUUAUUAAACUUUAGUGACUACGAUGAAUGAUUAAUAAAAAGGUGCACAUGCUUAACUCAUA